UGAGUUUCAGUUUACUUAUAUUUUAAGAAGUAUAGAACUUAAAAACAGUCAUUUGACAUAUAGUGAAAGAUAUGGAUAUAACGAUGAGGUACGAAUGCUCGCUUUCUCCACCAAUGCUGGCAAGAGCAAUUGCAGAGUUAAAUGAACCAGAUAAUAAUUUGGAUCGAUUAAAAGCAAUAGACAGACUUAAAGUUAAUUUUGAUGUAGAAAAGUACGGCCCACUGUUGAAAGAAGACGAUGCUUUUAUUUUAAGAUUCCUAAGAGCGCGAAAAUUCGAUCAACGAAAAGCACUGAAGUUAUUGCAAAAAUAUCACACGAUUAGAACCGAACUUCCAGAGGUGUUUAACCGCGUCAAGGAACCUGAACGACUGGCUGCUAUCAUGAACAGUGGAACUCUGUACUUUUCAAACGGGAGGACCAAAACUGGGUCAUGGGUCCUUAUGUUCAAGCCUGGACCCAUGAAUGAUAUAAUCAGUGCUUAUGACGUUGUAGCAUAUAGCGUAUUAUGCAUCGAAAAACUACUCGAAAAUGAAGAGUAUCAAAUAUGCGGCUCUAUAACUAUUGACGAUUUAAAGGAUUUCAAUUUAACAUCGUUGUCUCCAUCGUCCAAGCUAAAAAAGAUGUUUGAUUUAUGGCAAGAUUCAAUGCCGAUUCGAAUAAUGCCUAUCCAUAUAUUAAACGAAUCGAAAGUUUUUUCUGCUCUAUUUAAACUUAUCCAACCCUUUAUGAAGAAAAAAAUUAAACAAAAGCUCCGACUGCAUGGAAAUUGCUUUGCCGAACUUCACGACUCGGUUGAAAAACAUCUUCUGCCAUCCUGUCUUGGUGGAACGGGACCCGAUCCUGUAGAAGCUUCAGCGAUUUGGCUGCAACAACUUUCAGAAAUGUAAUUAAGAAAAAAAUCGUUAACCAAAUUUUUAAGGUUAUUACAUUUUUUUGCCACGUAUGCCUAUGUUGUGUUAUGUAUGUUUUGCGCUGUGUUUUUGCACACCUGUUUUGUAUUACGUAUACUGUAUAUCGACAAUACAUCGAUAUAAAUGGGAUAAAGUUGACUUUUAUACUUUGAGAGACUAACGGUAUCCUACCUUACCUUGCAGUACAAUAUGUAAAUAUAGGCUACCUCAAUGGUAGUACAGUUUCA